GAUCAAGCAGUGCGUUCAGUCUCCGUUUCACCGUUCUGUUUCAAACCCGCGUAACAGCCCAAGUCCCGUCAUUAUUCCCCGGAGAUGCUGCAAACUCCCCGCUUUCUGCGACUCCAAGCAGAUGAUUUCUGAGGGAAAAACAUCUGUAGUCGUGCCCCUCCCGAAGGUGAUACGUGGAAAGCUGUAAAGAAGCCGAGGUAUUUCAUCAGCUGUGACGAUCGCUAAACACACUGGAGAAACAACUUGUCCUCUUGCGACACAUGUUUGAACUUCCCCCACCGAUUUGAGUAAUCUAAUCACCGGAAAUUGAAGCUAUUCGUGACGUGAAGCAAUCAGAUUGGUUGAUAUUCGAGGGGCUCGUCUCUCUAUUGUAACUGGAGGGGAACGAGAAGUUGGGGAAAAAAAGGAGAAAGAAGAAGGGAUCCCUCGACCCUCGGACUCUGUCCCUCUUGCUCAACGUGUAUAAAAGACCAGAAGUGGAGGUGCCAAGAUGCCGAACAUUGGAUGGAUCAUUGCCAGACAACCGAAGACGAUUAGUGCCACUGGUUGUCUAAGGGACACCGCGAGAUUACGAGCAUUCUCGACGAUUAUCGGGAGAAAUAACUGCGGAAAUACUGACAAAUGCACCAAAUUCCUGAGAACUGUUGAUUACGGUGUCUGGGGAUCUGUCGCUAAGCCACAGAGAUUUUCAAUUUUUACGCAUCGCGUCGCCGCCAAGUAUAAUAAAUCAUACAGAAUGCCGUACCUAGUUGACAAAUUGUACCCACAGGUGACGAACCUGAUGGCAACGCAGGCCACCAAGAGCGCAAGUUCGAUAGAUGACGUUGAUGAUCACAUCAGCGGAGUUCCCCUCGUGAAUAAAUUAUCGGUUCCACUGGCCCCCAAAGUAAGGGCUUACGUCGAGGAAUGCGUAAAACUCUGUAAACCCGAUGAGGUUUACAUCUGCGACGGAAGUGAAGCUGAGAACAAUGCCUUACUGCAGAUGCUGGAGAAGAAAGGAACCGUCGAACGUCUUUCGAAGUACGAGAACUGCUGGCUAGCAAGAACGAAUCCGGCGGACGUGGCUCGUGUGGAGAGUCGCACUUUCAUCAGCACAGACUCAAAGAACGAGACUAUCCCAACACCCCGAGAAGGGGUGAAAGGUACUCUGGGGAACUGGAUUAGUCCCAGCAACAUGGAGCAGGCAAUUGUGGAGCGUUUCCCUGGCUGCAUGAAAGGACGCACCAUGUACGUCAUUCCCUUCAGUAUGGGUCCAAUCGGCUCACCAUUGUCUAAGAUUGGAAUUGAAAUCACUGAUUCAGCUUAUGUUGUGUGCUCGAUGAAAAUUAUGACCCGUAUGGGAUCGCGUGUGCUUGAUGUCCUUGGGAAAGAUGACUUUGUCAAGUGUCUCCACUCGGUUGGAGUGCCGAGUAAUGAUUCGCAAGUUAAGAUAAAGCCCUCGUGGCCUUGCGAUCCGGAGAGAACGAUUAUUCUACACAAACCAGCUAAAAAUGAGAUAGUCUCGUAUGGAAGUGGAUAUGGGGGCAACUCAUUGCUGGGGAAGAAGUGCUUCGCACUGAGGAUUGGAUCCACUAUUGCCAAGAGAGAAGGAUGGCUGGCAGAACACAUGCUGAUCUUAGGUAUUACAAAUCCAAAAGGAAAGAAAAGGUACAUCGCAGCAGCUUUUCCAAGCGCCUGUGGCAAAACAAAUCUCGCAAUGAUGCAGCCAACACUUCCCGGUUACAAAAUCGAGUGCGUCGGCGAUGACAUUGCCUGGAUGAGAUUCGACAAGAAAGGGAGGCUACGAGCUAUCAAUCCUGAAAAUGGAUUUUUCGGUGUUGCACCCGGCACAGCAACAGCCACUAAUCCCAAUGCGAUGAAGACUAUUUUCAAGAAUACACUGUUUACUAAUGUGGCACGUACGAGUGACGGUGGUGUCUACUGGGAGGGUAUGGAGAAGGAGGUAGCGAAUGACGUUGAAAUAACCGAUUGGCAUGGAAAUCCCUGGCCAAGGGAUUCUAAGACACCUGCUGCUCAUCCAAACUCAAGAUUCUGCACUCCAGCUAAUCAGUGUCCGAUAAUCGAUUCAGCUUGGGAAAAUCCGGAGGGUGUACCGAUUGAUGCUAUUCUCUUUGGUGGUCGCAGACCCCAGGGAGUUCCACUUGUAUAUCAGGCAAGAAAUUGGCAGCAUGGGGUGUUCAUUGGAGCUACUAUGAGAUCAGAGGCCACCGCUGCGGCUGAACACAAGGCUAAAGUAAUUAUGAAUGAUCCAUUCGCCAUGAGACCAUUCUUCGGUUACAACUUUGGUCACUACCUCAGCCACUGGUUGAGCAUGUCCCGAAUUCAAGACGCAAAACUCCCCGCAAUCUUCCACGUCAAUUGGUUCAGAAAAGGUGCCGACAACAAAUUCCUGUGGCCAGGAUUCGGUGAGAAUUCCCGAGUUCUCGAUUGGGUUCUGCGUAGAAUCGAGGGAGAAGAUAUUGCGGUGGAGUCACCAAUCGGUUUACUACCAAAACAGGGCUCCCUCAACUUGAAUGGUCUUCAGGAAAACGUCGAUUUACAGGAGCUAUUCAGAUUACCCAAAGACUUCUGGAAGCAGGAAGCUGCUGAGCUCAGGGAUUACCUCGAUGCCCAAGUUGGGCGGGAUCUCCCUAAAGCUAUUAUCGAAGAGCUGAAUAAUCUCGAGAAGAAUGUCUCGAAAAUUGAGUAAUUUUUAUAAUACAGUUGAGAUCAAUUUCAUCAUCUGGAACAUUCCAUUGAGACGAAAUGCUUGCUUCGUGAAUAUCUGUAUAUAGUAUUAUCAAAACAAUUUAAAAUCAUGAACGGAGAGACUCCUCUGUUAACUGCAUUAGUAAAAUCGAUUGCAGAGAUGUUGUAACCACGUGAUACUUAACGACAACUGUGACUUUAUCUUUAUAUUUAUUAAUAUAAUCCUCACGCAAAACUCAGUAAUAUUCCUCUUGUCAAACAUUAUUUAUGAAAAAUAUAUAUUUUCAAUCGAU